AUGCCUGUUUCAUCAAGGCAAAAUAAGAAAGGGAGAAAAGUCAGCAGCACUUUUCUCUUUUGCACCAAAGUGUCCUUGUACACCCUUCUAAUCUGGAUUGUAAAUUGCUCCAAUUCUUUCCAAUAUGAUGGUAAUUCGUACAAUGUGAUGAAGAAUAGCCUCGGAAAAUCAUUUGAUUCCAGAGCUCUGAGAUCAUUAGCAGAAGCUUUAGAGGAGGAGGCUGUACAACACGAUGCACCUGUAGUACACGAGGAAGAUAUAGAACAAGUUGCACAGGAAGAUGAGCAAGACGUUGGAGAAACUUCAGGAGAAGUUACACAAGAGGUUGCACAGGAAGAUGAGCAAGAAAGUGAACAGGAUGUUGAAGAGGAAGUUGCAGAGGAGGUUGCAGAGGAAGUUGCGCAGGAAGAUGAGCAAGAUGUUGGAGAAACUUCAGGAGAAGUUACACAAGAGGUUGCACAUGACGUUACGCAAAAAAGUGAACAGGAUGUUGCAGAGGAGGUUGCACAGGGGGUUGGACAGGAAGUUGCACAGGGGGUUGGACAGGAGGUUGCACAGAAAGUUACAAAACCUUGGGAAGAUGCUCUAAAAACUUCAAGAAAAGCUGCAAAAAAAUCAUCAGGAAGAAAAAAAAUUAAAUAUCACGAUCUUGGUUACAUACUCAUAGAUCCAACAGAUACAUAUGAACAACCAGGUGUAGUCAAUUUAUAUAAAGAAAGGAAAAACAAUUUCUACAGAAAAUUUGACCCAACCAUAACGGGAGAUUUUGAAUAUUUGAAAAAAAAUGUUAAUUUAUUUAACGCACGAGAACGCGCCAUGGAAGGAGACCCUUCAGCUAUUGCUCAAUAUCCUGAAGGAUACUGGGAUCCAUACUUGGCAUUACAAAAAGCACUCAAAGAAGAAAUGCAAAAAAAUAACGAAUAUAGAGAAAUGUUAGCAAGCAAAUUCUACGAUGUUAAAUUAAUGGAUGAUUUUGAAAAUAAUGAACUAAACCCACCAUACCUAGAAAGAGAAUACGGGUGCGAAGAUCUAAACCCUGUUCCACCAAGAUCAACCACUGUAAGAGCGGAGGAGGAAGAAAUUUUGAAACAUAUAAAAGGAAAAAAAUCAAAAAAGAAGAAAUGGAAAGAAAAAUUUCUCUGCUGUUUCUAA